AUCCUUCCAAUCUAAAAGUUCAAAUUCCCACAAAAAGAAUAGACUAUUUUAGUGCAAUAGGCCGAGCGAGACAGUCAAGUCAAAUAAUAUAAUUACUCAACUCUCAAGAAAACAGUUCCAAGUAAUAGCAUUAUAAUAAAUUCAUCCUAACAAGAGCGACUGGACAUUAUCGAAUCAACCACCCACUUCUUGGAAUGGCAAGUUUGUAUUAUUCAUAUGUCUUUUCAUUGGCUUUGCUUGGCAGCUUAUUAGCUUCUCCAGUGCUUUGUUUAGCCCAUCAUAAUAAUGAGAAGAAGCAUAAUGUAGCCCUCUUUGCGUUUGGGGACUCACUCUUUGAUCCUGGCAACAAUAACUACAUCAAUACCACUACUCUUCUGCAGGCUAAUUUUUGGCCGUAUGGUGAGUCUUUUUUCAAGGACCCAACAGGCAGGUUUUGUGAUGGCCGUAUCGUGCCCGAUUUUAUUGCCGAGUUUGCUAAGCUGCCAUUAAUUCCGGGGUAUUUCCAGGCGGAGCAAGGUGGUGGAUUUGUUAAUGGGGUGAACUUUGCAUCGGGUGGCGCUGGCAGUCUUCCUGAAACCUAUUCUGGUUUGGUAAUUGACCUUAAAAAGCAGGUGCAGUAUUUCAAGAAUGUUGCAAAACAGUUGAAGGGGAAGUUGGGGGAGAAAGACUCAAACAAACUGCUGUCUAGUGCUGUUUACAUGAUUUGCAUUGGCAGCAAUGACUACCUAGGCCCCUUUAUUACAAAUUCCACCAUCCUUAAUACAUAUACUCAUGAGGAAUACGUUGACAUGGUGAUUGGUAAUAUCAUUAAUGCAAUUAAGGAAAUAUACAUGGAAGGAGGAAGAAAAUUUGUCAUUUAUUCAGUGUCACCUUUAGGCUGCAUACCAUUUUCUAGGGCUCUCAAGCUUCAACAAACGAAUAGAACUGGCUGCUUUAAGGAACUCCAGGUUUUGACAGAGAUGCAUAAUAAGGCUUUACCAAGAAAGCUCAUCAAUCUGGAGAAGACAUUACAAGAGUUUAAGUAUUCAUACUUCGAUUUCUUCACGGCUGUAAAUAACGCAAUCGAUCAUCCAUCAAGAUAUGGUUUGAAAGAGGCAAAGACAGCAUGUUGCGGUAGCGGUCCUUAUAGAGGACUACCAAGCUGUGGAGGAGAAAGAAGGCAAUUUAAAGAGUACGAGUUAUGCAAAGAUGUUGGGGAUUAUUUGUUUUUUGAUUUUGUUCACCCCACAGAGAAGUUCAACCAAUUAACUGCUACAUUGCUUUGGAAUGGGGAUCCCAACUUUGUCCGACCUUACAGUGUGAAAUCCUUUUUUGAACAUUUCUAGCCUAUUUGUAUGCAUAAAUGCAAAUAAUAUAAAGUUUUAAUUAAAUUAGUAUUCAUAUCUGUUUGAAUAAUGCUUUUUUUUUUCUUGUGAGAGAAAACUUGAAACUAGAUCCUUUCAUGAAAUAAAUUUAUUUGAUCAA